AGAUUCGCCGAAGAUGGCACGGCGCCGCCGCGCCUCCGGUUCGGGUUUGACCUUAACGCGGCGGCGCGGCCGCCCGCAUCGCCGUGGCGUUCGCGCGCGGGUCGAGCCCGCAUCUUGCCCGUUUCCGUGCUGUUUUCGCAGGGCACGGUUGUUGUAGGAAGUGUCAGUUUUUUUGAGAGCUGGGGAGGCCGGGCUAUUCAAACCUGCAAUUCGCCGUAAACAAUCAUCCGUGCCAUUGACGCGAUAAACACCUUUGUGUCCGCGUCGGCCGCCUCCUCUUCCCCGGCGCCUUCCUCGCGACAACACGCUCGCGCUCCUAAAUUUUUGGGGUCUGCAGAAUAUGGCGUCCCGCCUUAUAAAAAUAAGGCUGCCAUUUUUGUUUCCCUUUUGUCUGGAAAUGUUUUAAGAAAACUGUCUGAGAAUGUCUGGGGCGCACCGGCGGGCUCCGUCCGCGCGGUCCCGCCGUCGGUGCGGGUCCGGAGCGGCUCCGAGACGCCACACAUGUCCGAAAAGUCACAGAAUGCAAAGUUUUUUUUUCCUCCCCUCAUUGCGUUUAUUUGACAGAUUUAAAGCGACGUGCACUUAUUUUCAGGCAUUCACCCUCAGACAAAAGGAACAGAGCGGCGUCAGGUCCGAACGCCAAAAAGCCUUUGUCGCAACAGCGCCUUUUUAUUAAUAAUCACCAAAUAUUCCAGGCUGACGUUUAGACGUUUGACCCGUUUUCACUUGAAGGUGACAGUUCGACCCCGUGGGCCUCAUUUACACUCAGUCAUUUGCAUAAAUUGAACAGUGCAGCGUUCUGUUGUUUAAAAUAGCUCCGUCACCUUACAUUAUUAUUAGUUUUUAGUUACUUGUUUUGUUUUUUAUUUUGUCCCGAGGUUAUAAAGUGCUUCAAAUUGUAAGUCACGGUUUCAUUGACUCAAUCUCAGUCGCCUUCAUUUGUUUUAAGGAUGAAGUGAAGAGUUUCUAAUGUGUAACUACCAAAGUUAUGAAAAUGAUGGCGGAGCCGCGAUUUAACAACCCGUACUUCUGGCCGCCGCCUCCAUCCAUGCCGGGCCAGCUGGAUAACCUGGUGCUCAUUAACAAGAUCAAGGAGCAGCUGAUGGCGGAGAAGAUCCGACCCCUGCACCUGCCGCCCACCUCCACCUCCUCCCAGCAGCCUCUGCUGGUGCCCACCUCGUCCCCCGACAGCAGCGCUCAGCACGGCAUGCCGGUGCCCAAGCCCCAGCCGCAGCAGGUGCCGGGCCACCACCCGCAGCCACAGGGCUCCGGACAGCCAGACAUCGCCCUGCACGCCCGGCCCGCCUCCAGCUCCGGACCAGAUGGAAAUAUGGACGACAAGUCGGCGGUGAAGGCUAAAGGGUUGUGGGAGGACUGGCACAUGAGGCAGCUGAGCGAGCAGACGGGCCGGGUCAACCAUCGAUCAGGUCUGGCGCCUUCGUCCCGACCCGAAAGUCACAGCACCUCCGAGGCCCUGACCCCCACCACCCCGACCUCCAGCAGCCAGAACCGCAUGGGCGGCGCCCCCUCCGUGAACAUCAUCUCCGGGCUGGCCAGCGGGCCCGGCAUGGACCACAUGAAGGCCGGAGGCCUGGCGGGCCUGCUGGGCCCCCCGCCCAAAGCACCGCGGGGACGAAAGAAGAUCAAGGCCGAGAACCAGAGCGGGCCGUUGCUGGUGGUGCCGUACCCGAUCCUAGCGGACCAAGGCUGUGUCACUGUUGCACCCAAAGAGGGCAAAACCUACAGAUGCAAAGUGUGCCCGCUCACCUUCCUCACCAAGUCCGAGAUGCAGAUUCACUCCAAGUCGCACACGGAGGCCAAACCCCACAAGUGUCCCCACUGCUCCAAGACGUUCGCCAACGCCUCCUACCUGUCGCAGCACCUGCGCAUCCACCUGGGCAUCAAGCCCUACCACUGUUCCUACUGCGAGAACUCCUUCCGGCAGCUGUCGCACCUGCAGCAGCACACCAGAAUCCACACGGGAGACAGGCCUUAUAAAUGUGCUCAUCCUGGAUGUGAAAAGGCUUUUACCCAACUGUCCAACCUCCAGUCUCACCAGAGGCAGCACAACAAAGACAAGCCGUAUAAAUGUCCUAACUGCUACCGUGCCUACUCAGACUCCGCAUCACUGCAGAUCCAUUUGUCAGCGCACGCCAUUAAGAACGCUAAGGCCUACUGCUGUAGCAUGUGCGGCCGGGCAUACACCUCAGAGACCUACCUUAUGAAGCACAUGUCCAAACACACGGUAGUGGAGCACCUAGUGAGCCACCAGUCGCCCCAGAGGACCGAGUCCCCCAGCAUCCCCAUACGCAUCUCCCUCAUCUGAUCCCGGGACCCCCACCCACCCGCCCACCCGCCUCCUGCUCCGCAGCGGCUCCCGUUCAGAGUCUGCGUCUGGCCCCCGCACCCACGGCCAUCUACAUAAGGCUUACAUUAGCAUUACGACAGCUGACGCCAGCAUUCGUCGCCAGAUUCAGUGAACAGACUGCCCCCACGCGACGGCGGUGGACAACGAGCACAGCGUUAUUUUGUGAAUGUAACAGUACAGCUAGGUGUCGUCCGGAGGAUCACGCGGCAAAGAAUGUCUCGCGUCAGAUAUAAUGAGCACUUUCGUAAGCAUCAUGUAAACCGCCGGAUGCAUUGGCCGUUAAAAAUGUUCUAGGUUUUUUUUAAUUUUUUUUUAUUUCCUCUUCCAUGAAAUGGGUUUCCAAAAUGUGCCAGAUUAUAUUUGCCCUUGUUCAAAUUGAGAAGGUAGAAAAAAAUGUUUACUGGGUGUAUUUUGGAGACAUCCAAAGAUAAUCUUAAAGCACUUUUAGGCCUUGUGGUUUUAGAAAAGCAACGUUUCAAUCUUGUCGGACGGAAGAUGCCGAAGGGCAUUACUUGGCAGCUAAGAGGACGGACUGUGUGGAAGCAACGGUCUGCGUCUGUUCCUGUGUUUGGUUUGUGUUACUCACAUCGUUGUGCAAGUAAACAUUUACAGGGUCAUCGGAAUUCCAAGAAAGGCAAUCGGUUGAUGACAAUUCAAACAUGCGAUGAUUGUAAUAAGUAUUUUAUAUUAAUUUGGGGAGGCAAAGAAAAGCAACAAGCACGAAAGAUGAAUGUUACGUUUUUUUCCCCCCAAAAUGAGUUUUAAUCCACAUUUGAUGUUCAUUUUUAUGGCACCUUUAUGACUUUGAUCAAGGAACAACUACUUCCCACAAAUGAACUAGUGCCAUAUUUAAUAUAUGAACUCUGAAGGUCAACGAGAAAGCGUUGGCGUGUGUCUGCUUUCUCCAUUCAGUUCAGCAUUUACUUGUCUUAGUACUAGCAGCUGAACACGUUGCACGUGGACCCGUGCUACUUUUCUUUUUACUUCAGUCACUUCAAGCUGAAAUCAAAUUUUACUCGAGUGGUUACAUUUUAAACCCAACCGUUGGACCAAAAUGUGAAGUUGUGUGUAGCUACUCUGACCCAGUUAAGAUUUUAUCUUUAAUAAGCUUUACCCAUUCGGAGCGAACUGCAGUAUCGGUCAUAUCCACAGGCCUGUGUUCUGAGUUUUUGUGGAGGUGACGUGUCACCUUGUCACAUUUCUCCUUAGUAUUCUUUUUUUUUAUCCUACACAGUAUUGUUGUAUUUUUACUGUAUCAUUAACCUCUGGAUGGUACUAAUAGGGUACCCUGUAUUCUUCAGGGCACUUCAGAAGUGGUGCUACGGCUAGACGUUACAUUCGAGAUGGAACUGAGAAUGAUGUAAAAUAGAUAUACAGUAUAUAGUAUGUUUUCAAAAGAAUAAACUUAUUACUGAAGACAGACAUUUACGCCAACAACAGACCCUGCCUCUUCAACUUACUCUCUCUUGAGAUAAUGGGAAAUGUACAUGUUGCUGUACUGUAAAACAUGUUACUCAUGUGUAGAACCCAUUUCAGUUUUCAUAAACAUGUUCUGUUUGGGUUUUGUAAGAGUUUAUGUAUGAACUUACCGUAAUUAUUUUAGUCGACCCGUAUGUUAUUAAUAUUCAUGUUUUAUAUCAGUUCUUUACAUGUAAGCCUUAACUGUUUUAUCAUCCCAUUUCCAUUACUCUGUAUUGUGUUUUGCAGUAUUCAAACGUGUAAACAUUUUAUUUUAUUUUUUUCCUUCCGCAUGGAGUUCCUGAGCUGUAAUCUGUAUGAUAACUGUUUAACCCAUGUUCUCUAUGAAAAAGAUAUUGCGUAGAUUUAUUACACUUUUUCCUGUCUUGCAUUGUGGUUUCAUAUACAGUUUCUAGACAACUAAAUAUGCACAGCCAAGACUGAGAAGUUAAACUAAGGUUAUCAAUGUUUAAAAAAGGAAACAAGCUUUGUAUCUUUACCUUGUUUAAUAAACAGACUGUUAUAAAUA